AUGAAGCCUGGUAAUCCACCGGUACAUGGCUUACAGAGAGCAAGGAAGAAGAAAAAGAGUGCGAUGGAGGUAGUCCCAAGUGACGGGCGGUCAGAAUCCAAACUCAAAAAUGUCUCCAAUACGCUAGGCAUCCUCAAUUUCAUCCAAAUUAAAGAUGGAACAAACUUGAAUGUACCUAAUGCAAAUCAUUCAGCAAGCAGUGAUAUGGACAGUCGUGAUGAUGUAUCCUUAUCUGCCAACUCCGAUGUGCGACAGCUGAAGUCUCCAUCACCAAAGUCAUUUCAAGAAGCCAAGGAUGAAUUGAAAGAGCUCCCCCCUAAAAGGCCAAUAAAGUUGGCUCCAUUAGUGCUCUCCGAGGAUGUCAAGAAAGCCCAACUUGAGAAGCUUAAAGAUAUUCAAAAAGAGGCCAAGUUAGCUGCAGAGAAGCUGGCUUCCAGUGGAGCAAUUAGCAUUGAACAGCAGCCAAAAAAAGUGAGAAAUCACAAGCAGCUGGAAAACCUGGAGAAGAUAAAGCUGGCUGAAAAGACAUUUCUAGAAAACCAUAAAGCCCCAAAACAUCUGUUGCAAGAAGUACCAUUUUUCCCUGUCAAGAUUUCAAAUUCAAUUACCCACCGUAAAUUUGAAGAACCAUCACUUCCAAGCAAACCCUUGAUUCUGAAGAGCACAAAUAUCAAUGCUUUACCUGAAAAAGAGCAUGAUGCACGGAGGUAUAUUCCUGAUGAAAACCCUGUAUCCUCACUCCAUGCUGUAAGAGGGAGACUAAAGCUGAGGCAAGGUAAAGGCUAUGAUGAUGGAACACAUGAUAAAUCUAUGACUUUAAAACCAUUACGACUAACUGUUAGUAAUGGCAACAUCAAUGAAGAACUUAACAUUGUGAGCCAGCAGGCAGAGAAGAAACACUGUGAAGCAAGCUGCAAGAAUGUCCACUAUGACCUGGUCUUUCUGCUGGAUACGUCCUACAGUGUGGGCAAGGAGAACUUUGAAAAGGUCAGGCAGUGGGUGGCCAAUUUGGUGGGGACGUUUGAUAUUGGUCCAGAUAAGACGAGAGUAGGGGUCGUAAGCUACAGUGACAAGCCUCACACCGAGUUCAACUUAGGCGCUUAUGAGAACAUAGAAGAUAUCAAGCAAGCUGCAGCAAGCAUCAGGUACCGCCGAGGGAAUACUGUAACUGGGGAGGCCAUUGGCUAUGUCACCUUAAAUAGCUUCUCACAACAAGCAGGUGGAAGACCCAAUGAUCCGAACAUUCAGAAAGUGGCAAUUCUCUUGACAGAUGGCAGAAGUCAGGAUGAGGUGUUGCCGAAUGCCACUUUGGCUCACUCCGCUGGCAUCAGGCUCUUUGCUGUGGGGGUUGGUGAUGCCCUUAAGGAGGAACUGGAGGAGAUUGCCUCAGAACCCAAAUCAGCUCACAUGUUCCACGUUACUGAUUUUAAUGCCAUAGACAAGAUCCGAGGAAUACUGCGACAAAGACUGUGUCAAAAUGUGCUAUGUCCCAAUCUGAAAUUGGAAGGCAGUCAGUACAAACUACAAAAUAAAGCUUCAGCUAACAUCCCAGGUUUUGACUUAAUGGAGCAGUUCCGUGUGAAAAGUAUUGUCGGAACAAAAGAUGGAGGAUUUGUUCGCCUUGGAACGAUGCCCAUAGUUCAGAUGACAAAAGAUGUGUUUCCUCAAGGCCUGCCUGAUGAAUAUGCAUUUGUUGCGACAUUCAAGUUCCGAAAAGCUUCACGAAGAGAAGACUGGUACAUCUGGCAAAUUAUCGACAAAUAUGGGAUUCCACAGGUUUCCAUUCGACUGGAUGGGGAGAACAAAGCUGUGGAAUACAAUGCAGUCGGACUGAGGAAGGAUGCCGUGAGGACUGUUUUCAGAAACCGAGAAGUCAGUGGCUUAUUUGACCGCAAUUGGCACAAGAUGGCACUAAGCAUUCAAUCGAGCAGCGUCUCUCUUUACAUUGAUUGCAAUCUGAUUGAAACGCUGCCAAUGGAAGAACGGGAGAACAUCAACAUUCAAGGGAAAACAGUCAUUGGCAAACGCCUAUAUGAUAGUGUCCCGAUUGAUUUUGACCUUCAGCGGAUUGUCAUUUAUUGCGAUGCCAAGGAUGCGGAGCUGGAGAGCUGCUGUGAUCUUCCCAGCAACCCAUGUCAGAUUACGCUUGCCACCCAAGUUCCUUAUUUGGAGAUCUCAACACCACCACAGUCACCUGCCGAGGUUGACAGCACAAAGAGCAUUAACUGUUCCUGCCAUAAGGGAGUGAAGGGUGAUCGUGGUCAACCUGGUUUUCAAGGAGCCAGAGGCCCAAUGGGUGAGCCAGGCAAAGUAGGAGCUCAUGGUCCCAAAGGAGAAAAAGGAGAACCAGGCAAAAUAAGCUAUGCUUCAUGGGAAAAAGGUGAAAAGAGCCAGAAUCUUCCUACACUGCAGAAAGUGAAGUCAGGCCCUGUAGUCAAUACUACUUCUAAUAAGCUCUACCUGUCUCUAUCUCCUUGGACUGUAGUUCGGAUUAAGACACUGUGUGAAAGUGUUCUGGCAAUUUCUAAAGCCAAGCAUUUUACUUACCUGACCUUCACAACAACAAUCUUCCCAGAACUAAACAUUACCUCAAAAACAUUAACGUUAACAUGA